AUGGUAAAGCUAGGGAAGUCAUCGAAGCGGACGCCCGUUCGGCUACGGCAUAAGAUUGAAAAAGCCAGUGCCGCAAAGCAGAGAAAAGACCGAAAACUCGCCAAAAAGAAUCCUCAAUGGCGCUCAAAACUCAAGAAGGAUCCUGGCAUUCCAAAUUUAUUCCCAUAUAAAGAUAGACUCCUACAGGAGAUCGAAGAGAAGAGGAGGUUAAAGGCUGAAGAAGCACAGAAACUGCGCGAGGAGGCGAAGCUACGACGCCAGGCACAAAACGCAGAGGAAGCUGGAGAUGUUGAUAUAACGGAAAAUGCCGAUCUUAUCGACGAUGAGGACGACGAACUGAUAGAGAGUGACGACGAUGAUAUGGAGGUUGAAGGAGAGGAGUCCAACCCUAUGGCUGCACUUUUAGCCUCUGCAAAGGCUCGCGCAGCCGAGUAUGAGGAUCAGCACGGAGACGAGGACAUGGUGGAUGACGAGGAAGACGGUGGGGUGACGUUUGAAGACACGGUGAUACCCACGACAAAAGAAAGCUCACGUCGAGCAUUCGAUAAAGCCUUCAAGGAAGUUAUUGACAGAGCGGAUGUGAUACUUUAUACGUCUUAUCCUGAUUCUAAACAAGAUCGAUCUUGUUCCUCCGCCAGUUUUGAAAGGAUGGCUGGUAUACCUACGGCGCUAUUUCCCUACGCUCCCCCUCCGAGCGUCCUCUGGAGCUCCCAACGCGCACACUUUUGA